UCUCCCAAGUCCCUAAAGCCUGCUCAACGGACCAAUGGUUGAGCCCUGUUGUGCAAAGUUGAGGAACGACAAGCCAAUCAUUGAGCCCUGUUGAGGAGAGCUGAGCAGCGAUCAGCCAAUCAGAGACCUCUGUUGUGGAAUCGUCAUUCGAGACUGAGCUGUGUUAGAAAAAUUCUGGCGGCCAUCUUUUGUUAAUGCAGUCGGCCGUUUGACAGAUUUGACAGACUAAUAUUUUUAUUCUCAGAAAGAAUGGAGAGCCAUGAUUCAGGUAAACUGCUGCUGCUCUCCACGACCACGACCGGUCCGGCGCCAACUUCGUCAAGAAGUACGAGUCCAGGUGGGGCUACACCCUCUUUGGUCGUUGCCUCGGAGCCGACACGCCAGAGACCAGCGCAGCCCAGAAGACCAAGUUUGGCUGGAUGAGGUACCCCCAAGCAGCGCAGGUGACCGAGGAGAGCCGUCUUCUGUACCUCCUGAUUAAGAUGCUGCAGCACCAUCCCACCUGCAGCAAAUUCCACUCGUCUCCCAGCAAGCUGACCUCAUCCAUCAAAGGCCAGUACAAGAGGAUUGCCGACAGAGUGAGGGACGACCCGGUCGUGGGCAGCCUCGCCAUCCCGCUGCCCAACAUAAACGUCAAGUCCAUCAGCAACUUUUUCAGGAGGGAGGAGAAGAUGGCCAACUUCAGGGCAACGGUCAGGCCAAGAGUGAAGACUCAUCGGAAUGUUCUGUCAGGCCAACCAAUGCCUGAUGCCCCUGCUCUGCCGUCGUCACUGCCACCACCAGAUAGACCUCAGGUGCAGUACCAGGAGCCUCACCAUGUCGCUGGCAAAAGGCGUGGGGAAAAGCGGAGGUUGGACUUUGAAGACCCACAGCCAGACUGUCAACCAGGGCCUUCAAACCGCUGUAUCCAGCCCAAGCCUGCCACUGCAUCCUACGUGCCAUCUGCCGUGGCAAAAGCACCUGUCCUCCUGGUGCUGCCAACCCAACCACAGGCUCCAUCAGUGAGGUUGCUGCCAUCUGCCAACCCAGUCUUCCUCCCUGUCCUCCCACCCUGUCCUCCCGCAGUGAAACCUGUUAUGCCCAACAAGUCCAAUAAGCCAUGUGGGGCUUGCAAGGUGCCGCAGUGUGGGGGGCAGCGGAAGAAAUACACCCCUUCCAAAGACAAGGUGGCUGGAAGCAGCCAGAAAAUCUUCACCUUUUGUCCCUCCACCAAUAUGUCCACCACAUCUGGCUUCGAAGGUGUAACAUACACCAGCUAUGAACACUUUAAAACUGUGGUGGAUGGGGAACUGGAGAAGAGGAGAACCACCCUCUAAACCUGUUGUGGGUUGCAAUGACUGUCACACACACUGACACACACACACACACAUACUGACAGACACAUACACGCUCACACACACACACACACACACACACACACAUACUGACAGACACAUACACGCUGACACACACACACACAC